AGCCUAGGGUACGUUGCCGUGCAUUAUGGGUUCACCCUAUAGUCUUGAAAGAGCUUCAUGCAGGAGGUCGUCUUAGCUUUAUAGUAACUGUCCGAGCUUAGUUAGGCUUAAGCGAUUGCACACGUCGGCUUAUAUACGUUCGGCGUACAGACAGCAGCAUACCCUGACUGUAUAGCAGCCUCCGACUCUUACCCUGUUUCCCUAUGCCUGUAAAGAGCUAGGCACGUAUUCACCUCUUGCUUAACACGGGCCUAAAGAGCAGAACUAAAGAUGGAGAGCCAGUAUCUACGGAUAGCGAUCUCUGACCGCGAUUGGGAUGAAUUAGUCGAAGGGAUAACGAUCGUUGUGCAUACGGAGGGAAGAUGGGAAACGUCGGAGCUCAGUAACAACCACGUCACACAAUAUCUCUUACUACCGAACAGCAGAUCGGUCCAGCUCAACGAACGACAUGUAGACCAAGACGACAUCAAUGGUCGUUUCGAAAUGGUGAGCAGAGAUUAUCGUCCGGAUUCUAGUCGGUCCUACAUAACAGGCUUUCACAUAACCACUAUCAUGCGGCUUACAGUCCGCAUGGUGUAUGGAGCAAUUCGUCGGUCCUCCUUGAACGAUUUCUGCUUUGCAAAUGGUGGGAUGGGGUGUCGCUAUUGGCAGUACGACCUGCGAAAUGAUCUGGUAUGAUAUAGAGCGGAGACUGACGUCCAUUUAGCAUAACCCUCCUACAGCUCUUUGCCUCAGUACACUGGGUCCAGUCUGAUUCUGC